AUGCCAUACUCGUUUCCCCCUUGCACGCCCUCACUUUCCCCCUUGCACGCCCUCAUUUUCCCCCUUGCACGCCCUCAUUUUCGCCCUCUGCCCUGCCCUCAUUUCCCCCUUGCACGCCCUCACUUUCCCCCUUGCACGCCCUCAUUUUUCCCCUUGCACGCCCUCACUUCUCCCUCCCUUCUCUCUCUCCCUUCCCUCUCCCUUCUCUCCAUCUCCCCCCUUCUCUCCCUUCCCUCCCUACCCUCCCUACCCUCCCUUCCCUCCCUUCUCUCCCUUCUCUCCCUCCCCUCCCUUCUCUCCCUUCCCACCCUUCUCUCCCUUCCCUACCGUCUCUCCCUCCCCUCCCUUCUCUCUCUUCCCUCCCUUCCCUCUCUUCCCUCCCUUCCCUCUCUCUUCUCUCUAUUCCCCCCCUUCUAUCCCUUCCCUCCCUUUCCUCCCUACCCUCACUUCCCUCCCUUCCCUCACUUCCCUCCCUUCCCUCCCUUCUCACCAUUUCCUCCCUUCCCUCCCUUCCCUCCAUUCCCUCCUCCCCUCCCCUCCAUUCCCUCCGCCCCUCCCCUUUUCGCUCUUCCUCACCCUUCCCCGUCCCGCCCACUUUCUCUAACCAGCCAGGUCUCUGACUGGGGCAGCAGUGAUCUGAGUCUGUGGGAAGGAGGGUCAGUUCGUGCGCACGAGUGCGGAGCACGUCAAUUUCAACACGCGUGUGGCGUUCUGCAGCAGAGGCGCUGUGGAGUGGCGGGGGAUCCACCUUGCGCUGCUGGGGUCGCUGCUGCUCUGUUUUUCUGCUCUCAUGUUCACACUACUGCCGUCCUCCCGCCACACCUGCAUAGCCUGCGAAUCUUUCCAUGCCCUUAUCUCUCUGCGCUUCUCUUCCUGCCCCUCCCUCUCGGCGCCUCUCUUCCUGCCCCUCCCUCUCGGCGCUUCUCUUCCUGCCCCUCCCUCCCUGCGCCUCUCUCACUGCCAUCCACUCUCUGUGCCGCUAUUCCUGCCCUCAUCUCUCUGCGCCUCUCUUCCUGCCCCUCCCUCCCUGCGCCUGUCUUCCUGCCCUUUCCUCUAUGCGUCUAA